AUGGCCUACCAAGGGUCAGACGCGCACACGCACUCGGCGGGUUACGAAGAAACUCGUUUGCAGGAUGUACCCUCUUCACAGUAUCGUGAAGAUGAGGAUGCAUCGCGAGGACUAUUGUCCAGCCAACAGGGUCCAUUUGCGACACCCUUUGAUGACCCACACUCGCGCGGCCAGUCUCCCAUCCGAGGGCAGUCGCCCAUCCGCCCCGCCUCUGGUUACAGCUUGACCGAAACCUACGCUACAGACGCCGCGCCAGCAUACCACGACCCCUACAGCGUGGGUACAGAGAACCCCGCAACCGCUUUUGGGGUACCAGCUCGAGUUGAAUCGCCCUAUGCUCGCAGUGAAACCUCAUCCACCGAGGCCUGGCGCCAGCGUCAAGCUCCCGGAGGUGGAAAUGGUGGUGGUGCCUUGCGCCGUUAUGCCACUCGUAAGGUGAAGCUGGUUCAGGGUUCCGUCCUGAGUGUCGAUUAUCCGGUUCCAAGCGCCAUCCAGAACGCCAUCCAGGCCAAAUACCGCAACGACCUUGAAGGCGGCAGUGAGGAGUUUACCCACAUGCGAUAUACCGCGGCGACUUGCGAUCCGAACGAAUUUACGCUCCACAAUGGCUACAACCUGCGUCCAGCCAUGUAUAAUCGCCAUACUGAGCUGCUGAUUGCGAUUACCUAUUACAACGAGGAUAAGACAUUGACUGCGCGUACCUUGCACGGUGUGAUGCAGAACAUUCGCGAUAUUGUCAACCUGAAGAAGUCUGAGUUCUGGAACAAGGGUGGGCCUGCUUGGCAGAAGAUCGUUGUAUGCCUCGUCUUUGAUGGUAUUGAUCCUUGCGACAAGGAUGUCUUGGAUGUCCUCGCAACCGUUGGUAUUUACCAGGAUGGUGUUAUGAAGCGCGAUGUUGAUGGAAAGGAGACAGUAGCGCAUGUUUUCGAAUAUACUACCCAGCUAUCGGUAACACCAAGCCAGCAGCUUAUUCGGCCUACAGAGGAUGGCCCUUCGACUUUGCCUCCGGUGCAAAUGAUGUUUUGUCUUAAACAAAAGAACAGCAAGAAGAUCAACUCUCACCGUUGGCUCUUUAACGCAUUCGGUCGCAUCUUGAAUCCUGAAAUCUGCAUCUUACUUGAUGCGGGAACAAAGCCUGGCCCCAAGUCGUUGCUUUCCCUCUGGGAGGCCUUCUACAACGACAAAGAUCUUGGUGGUGCCUGUGGUGAGAUCCACGCCAUGUUGGGCAAAGGUUGGCGUAACUUAGUCAAUCCUCUCGUGGCCGCCCAGAACUUCGAGUACAAAAUCAGUAACAUCCUCGAUAAGCCUCUGGAAAGUUCGUUCGGAUAUGUCAGUGUGUUACCUGGUGCGUUCUCGGCUUAUCGAUUCCGUGCGAUCAUGGGUCGCCCUCUGGAGCAGUAUUUCCACGGUGAUCACACAUUGUCCAAGCAACUGGGUAAAAAGGGUAUCGAGGGCAUGAACAUUUUCAAGAAAAACAUGUUUUUGGCCGAGGAUCGUAUCCUUUGUUUCGAGCUGGUCGCCAAGGCAGGCUCGAAAUGGCACUUGUCAUAUGUUAAAGCCUCCAAGGCUGAGACUGACGUGCCCGAAGGUGCCGCUGAGUUUAUCUCGCAGCGUCGUCGUUGGCUUAACGGUUCGUUCGCGGCUGGUAUCUAUUCGUUGAUGCACUUUGGUCGUAUGUACAAGAGUGGCCAUAACUUGAUCCGCAUGUUCUUCCUGCAUAUUCAGAUGCUCUACAAUAUCUUCAACACUUUCCUCACCUGGUUCUCCCUGGCUUCUUACUGGCUCACCACCACCGUCAUCAUCGACCUGGUUGGUACUCCCAGCAAGAGCAACAAGGAGACUGCCUUCCCAUUUGGCAAAACCGCUACGCCUAUCGUCAAUACCAUCGUCAAGUACGUGUACUUGGGCUUUUUGCUCUUGCAGUUUAUCCUUGCGCUCGGUAACCGUCCAAAGGGUUCGAAGUUCUCAUACCUUGCAUCUUUUGUCGCGUUUGGUAUCAUCCAGCUCUACAUCGUCAUUGAUUCCCUAUACCUGGUAAUCCGUGCCUUCGGUGGAGGCGCACCAAUGGAUUUCGUGACCAACGAAGGUGUGGGUGCUUUCUUGAAGUCAUUCUUCGGAUCCUCGGGUGCUGGUAUCAUCAUCAUUGCGUUGGCUGCAACCUUCGGUCUCUACUUCGUGGCUUCGUUCAUGUACGCUGAUCCAUGGCACAUGUUUACCUCUUUCCCCCAGUAUCUCGUGCUGCAGUCAUCCUACAUCAAUAUUCUCAACGUCUAUGCAUUCAGCAACUGGCAUGAUGUCUCCUGGGGUACCAAGGGAUCUGACAAGGCCGAUGCCUUGCCUUCUGCCAAGACGACCAAGGACGAAGGCAGCAAAGAUGCAGUCAUUGAGGAAAUUGACAAGCCCCAAGCAGAUAUCGACAGCCAGUUUGAGGCUACCGUGAAACGUGCCCUCACUCCCUAUGUUGCCCCUGUGGACCACGACGAGAAGUCCCUCGAAGAUUCCUACAAGAGUUUCCGUACUCGCCUGGUGACCUUCUGGAUCUUCAGCAAUGCUUUCUUAGCUGUUUGUAUCACCAGUGAAGCGGUAGACAAGUUUGGAUUUACGAACACGGCUACUACCCGUACUUCCCGGUUCUUCCAGGCUCUCCUGUGGUCUAAUGCUGUUAUGGCCCUGUUCCGUUUCACCGGAGCCUGUUGGUUCCUGGGUCGCACCGGUAUCAAGUGCUGCUUCGCACGCCGGUAG